AUGGCUUCGGUUGGUGGUCAUCUGGUCCCACCCACUGCAAAGCUGGACCGGUUAGAUUACGGCAGGCAAGUCAACAAUCCUGGGAUUUAUUCUUUGUGUUCAUUUCUGUCACUGUCUGCCAACAGUGUAUGGGUUUCUACAGACCACGAUGAAAUUGAGAAGGUCGCAAAGCAGUUUGGCGCUCAAGUCCAUCGCAGAAGCCCAGAAGUUUCUCAAGACUCUUCAACUUCUCUAGAAGCUAUCAGAGAGUUUCUUAAUCAUCAUCAUGAGGUUGAUAUUGUAGGAAAUAUACAAGCAACGUCUCCCUGUUUACAUCCCAGUGAUCUUAUAAAAGUGGCAGAUCUGAUCCAGAAGGAGGGGUUUGAUUCUGUCUUCUCUGUUGUCAGACGGCAUCAAUUUAGAUGGAGCGAGGUAAAAAAAGGAGAAAACAAAAUGACAGAGCCUCAAAACCUGAACCCAGCAAAACGGUACCGGAGGCAAGAUUGGCCUGGGGAGCUGUAUGAAAAUGGCUCAUUUUAUUUUGCCAAGAGACAUUUGAUUGAGAAAGGCUAUUUGCAGGGUGGUAAAAUGGCCUACUAUGAAAUGCGUGCAGAGCACAGUGUGGAUAUCGACAUAGACAUUGAUUGGCCUAUUGCAGAACAGAGGGUAUUGAGCUUUGGAUAUUUUGGCAAAGAGCCAUUAAAAGAGGUGAAGCUAUUGGUUUGCAGUGUUGAUGGAUGCCUGACAAAUGGUCGCAUUUAUGUGACAGAAGAUCAGAAGGAAAUGGUCUCCUACGAUUAUAGAGAUAUUGUUGGUAUUGAUCUAUUAAAGAAAAGAGGAAUCCAGGUUCGACUCAUCUCUGAAAGAGACUGUUCAAAAACACUGUCAGCCAUGCAGCUGGGAUGUAUAGCAAAAGUUAGUGCAACAAAUAAAUUACAAGUCCUGGAGGAAUGGCAAAAAGACAUGGGUUUGAGCUGGAAAGAAGUUGCUUACUUAGGAAAUGAAGAGUCUGAUGUGGAAUGCCUGAAGAAAGCUGGCAUGAGCGGUGUGCCUGCUGAUGCUUGUGCUGUUGCUCAGAAGGCUGCUGGUUAUAUUUGUAAAAGCAAUGGUGGCUGUGGAGCUGUCCGGGAGUUUGCAGAACACAUAUUCUUGUUGUUAGAAAAAGUGAACUCUGCAAGAAAGCAAAUGGAAGAAGUGAGUUCAGCA